AUGGAGCUCAAUACUAGAAACGCGACCUCCACCCGUCCCGUCCUUGGAGCUGCCGAGCGCUCCAAGACACAACAUUCGUCAUUUAUUCGGCCAGUCCAGAUGGGAUUAUUCGCUCGAGUGACUAGCUACCCGCCUCUGGGGCAGACCACUUGUCUCCAGAGGGUACAGAAGGCGUUGCGGUCAGAGGAUGAUGCGGUCAACUUCACGGUCAUUAUAGAAUCCAGCUCUGCCUUUCCAGCCAGGUCUUGGGAGGCUCAAAUCUGGCACAACAUCACCAGCUCCGAAUGGACAGCUCUUCCACUCAGCAAAGUUGACCCAUCGCAUGCGCCAUUAUUAUCUGGAAAUAAAUUUGAAUACAGCAACCAUCGCCAUGUAUUUUCAGAACGUUUUGUGCUCCCAGCCACCAAUUGCCGUGCUCAAUUUACCGUGCGAUUCCGAACUGGCCCAGGCGAAGAAUGGCAUUGGGCCAACCAGCACCAUCCAAUCAGAGAUGGCGAGCUCGUAUGGAGCUCACGAAGCUCGGAAUUGGAGAAAGCGGCAUCAUCUGAGCUGACUUCCCUCGAUGCGGAGGAUGAGCUUGCCAAAUAUAUCGACAACCUUUGUCCCGAAGUACAAAUCGAGUUGAGAAAAAGCGAAGCCCCUGGGUCUCUGUUAUGGGCCAUCACUGGGGUCGUGGAAUCGGCUAACGCAGACGUCUCUGGCAUCACACAAAUCACCCUUGGAACACCGUCAUCGAUGAUCAAGUACUUCUCAUUGGUACGAAUUUGGUGUCCCUGGCUAGGACCGAGACAUGGGGGGGAUAAGUUCCGCUUGACUGAAGAUGCAAUCCUGUGUUCUUUCCUUCGGGAUGAUGGAGUCAACCUUAUUAUUUUGGCGUUAUCGGGGAUCAACGACGUGUUGACUGUCUUCCAGUCAGGCGACGAUGGUGAAGUGAUAGUAAAGGCAAGGAGCGAUAAUGAUACAGCUUCUGACUUCCACGUCCUGGUCGCUGCUGCGGAGGACUUCGAGGUUGCCAUGUCUGCGGUAAUCUAUGAGUCGAGGAAAGUAGUGAAACCGUUUGCCGAGCCUACAACUGUGUUGAAGGAUCAGGCUCCCCCGUCUCCUCUUGGAGAGGACAUUGUUAUGGUGGAGAAAGAUCCACAGGCACAGUGGCUUAGCGAGUGGGUUGAUGGCUUGACCUACUGCACUUGGAACGGGCUGGGUCAGGACCUGACCGAAGAGAAGAUCCUCGAUGCAUUGAAUGAACUGAAAUCCCGUGGCAUCAAUAUUGUCAACCUCAUCAUUGACGACAACUGGCAAAGCCUCGAUAAUGAGGGGGAAUCUAUGUUCAAGCGCCGCUGGAAAAAUUUCGAUGCAAACACAAAAGCAUUUCCCAAAGGGCUAAAGCAGACUGUCGAGACAAUCCGCCAGGCUAAUCCUAAUAUCCAACAUGUCGCAGUUUGGCACGCCUUGCUAGGCUACUGGGGAGGAAUAUCCCCCGAUGGAGAUUUGGCGCAAAAGUAUCAGACCAAAGAAGUCAAACUCCAAGACCCGGACGCAGAUGGUCCUAUUGCGCAGAACAUCCCUGAUGGAAAGAUCCUCGCCAUUGAACCAGAGGCUAUCCAGCGAUUCUACGACGAUUUCUACAGCUUUCUUUCGUCGGCUGGCGUGGAUUCUGUCAAGACAGACGCACAGUUCUUCAUCGACCUUCUCGACGAUCCAGAAGAUCGCAAAAGAUUCAUGACCUCGUACCAGGAUGCCUGGUCCAUUUCUGCUCUGAAGUACUUCACCACGAAGUCUAUUUCAUGUGGAUCAAUGAUUCCGCAGAUCGUAUUUCAUUCACAACUCCCUACCAACAAGCCAACGAUACCUGUGCGAAACUCAGACGACUUCUUCCCCGAAAUUCCCGCGUCUCACCCAUGGCAUGUAUUUUGCAACGCACAUAACGCUCUUCUUACCCGAUACUUGAACGUCUUACCGGACUGGGACAUGUUCCAGACAAGCCAUCCCUACGCCUCAUUCCACGCUGCAGCGAGAUGUGUGUCGGGCGGACCAGUGUAUAUCACAGAUGAGCCAGGGAAACAUGACCUCAUAGUUCUCGAUCAGAUGACAGCCCCAACAGUCACAGGAAGUACUGUCAUCCUGCGCCCAAGCGUCAUCGGCCGCACAAUCGAUGUCUACCAAGACUUUAACGAUAAACAGGUAUUGCGGGUGGGAAGUUACACUGGCUGGGCCAAGACUGGCAGCGGUAUCUUGGGCCUUUUCAACGUUAGCUCAACGGAGGCCUCAUGUGUGGUAUCUUUAAUGGAUUUCCCAGGCAUACACGAGGGCUCGGAUGGCCAGUACGUGGUGCGCGCCCACACGAGCGGCAAAGUCACAAACCGCAUGCGACCACUCGAUGGAAAUUCCCUCGUGUCUGUUAUCCUGGAACAGAAAGGGUGGGAAAUUCUCACUGCCUACCCGACUCGAUCAUUCACUCUGAAAGGGGGCAGAGGACGCAAUUCUGACGAUAGCGUGACUCAUGUGGCAGUACUUGGUCUUCUUGGCAAGAUGACCGGUGCUGCGGCUGUUGUUAGCUUAGAUAUUCUUAUGGUCGAGAAUCGUCGCUUGCGAUUUGAUAUACACUUGAAGGCCUUGGGAACACUGGGAGUCUACUUUUCCGACUUGCAGGAUCGCGAUAUUGCUAAGGACUUUAUGGUGAUGAUUCUUGGACAACCAAUUCCGCAGAAGACGGUUUGGAAGGAAGGGGGUGAUGGUGCUACUGUGCUGGCUAUUGAUAUUCUUGCUGCGUGGAAGGAGAUGAAGCUGGAUAGCGGGUGGAGUAACGAGGUGUUUGUCCAGAUAUUUGUGAGCUGA